AUGAACCUAAGGAAAGAAUACCAAGUUAUCGGUCGUCGUUUACCUACUGAAUCCGUUCCUGAACCAAAGUUGUUCAGAAUGAGAAUCUUUGCACCAAAUGACGUUGUUGCCAAGUCUCGUUACUGGUACUUCUUGCAAAAGUUGCACAAGGUCAAGAAGGCUUCUGGUGAAAUCGUUUCCCUAAACGUUAUUCACGAAGCUCACCCAACCACUGUCAAGAACUUCGGUGUCUGGGUUAGAUACGACUCCAGAUCUGGUACCCACAACAUGUACAAGGAAAUCAGAGACGUUACCAGAGUUGGUGCCGUUGAAUCUUUGUACCAAGACAUGGCUGCUAGACACAGAGCUAGAUUUAGAUCUAUCCACAUUCUAAAGGUUGUUGAAUUGGAAAAGACUGCUGAUGUCAAGAGACAAUACGUCAAGCAAUUCUUGACCAAGGACUUGAAGUUCCCAUUGCCUCACAGAGUCCAAAAAACCAACAAGGUCUACGCUUACAAGAGACCAUCCACUUUCUACUAA